AAUUUUUUGAGGACAAUGUCCAAUUCCAAGGGCUUCAAGGAUGUCUUCAGCUACAAUUCCUGGGUUCAUGCAGUGUCAGGAGCCUCGGGAGCUGUUGUGGCAAUGUCAGCCUUCUAUCCCCUCGACACAGUCAGAUCCCGGCUGCAAUUGGAAGAUCCGGAGAAGCGAAAGAACUUGAGUACUCUGGAUGUACUCAAGCAGCUGGUGAUAGAGGAGGGUUUUGGGACUCUCUAUCGUGGACUUGUGCCAGUUCUCGAGAGUCUCUGUAUCUCGAAUUUUGUCUAUUUCUACACAUUCCACAGCCUCAAGGCACUUAGGAGUGCCGGAAAGGGUCAGAAUGCCCUGAGAGAUUUGAUUCUGGGAUCUGUGGCUGGUGUAGUUAAUGUUCUGACCACAACACCAUGCUGGGUGGUCAAUACGAGGCUCAAGAUGAAGGGCAUUAAGGCUUCAGGAGGCCAGGAUAAUGCUCCGUAUAGCAAUCUCUUUGAGGGUUUGCUGUACGUGGCUCAAACUGAGGGAGUUGCUGGUCUCUGGGCUGGGACUAUUCCAUCCCUCGUGUUGGUUAUCAAUCCUGCCUUGCAGUUCAUGAUGUACGAAGGCAUUAAGAGGCGCCUGGUGAAAGUUUAUGGAGAUCUUCCGGCUGUGGGAUAUUUUGCCGUUGGAGCUGUUGCCAAGGCAUUUGCUACUGUCCUGACCUAUCCACUGCAACUGGUCCAGACCAAGCUUCGCCAUGGAGAUCGCAAUGCCAGUCUGCCCCCAAAUGCCGGAACCAUCGAGAUGCUUCUGUUUCUGGUGAAGAAACACGGAGUCAUUGGGUUAUUCAGGGGCCUGGAAGCUAAGCUCCUGCAGACUGUCCUGACCGCAGCUCUAAUGUUCACGGCAUACGAGAAGAUUGCCAAAUUUGUGACAUCACUCCUAAUGCGCCAGAUCAAUGGAAAAUAGCCACAUAAGGCACUUUUUCCAAAAUUACUUCUUCUGUUCUGUGACUAAUUUAGGAAUUUUUUUUUUCUAUUUAUUGCGAGGCUUCUAUUUUUCAUCAUUAAUAAUUUAUUCUUCAGAUGGAAAACCAAAGAGACAGGCAGUUUUUUUUUUAAAUGAGGUAAGCUUUUUUUGUGUUGGUAUUUUAUUAUUUUAUUCUUUUUUUUUAAUUUUAAAUAACACCGGUGACUAGUGAUAUAUUUUGCAAAAUUCUUGUAUAUUCCGUCAUGAGCAUCGUCAUGGCAUUUCCCGCAAACAAAAUAAAAGCAAUUUUAUAUUUAAAAAAAAAAUUGAGCGGGUGAUAAAGUGAUUGAGAAAAAUAAAAAAAAAAUAGUAUCCAUGACAAA